GAUGUAUUGAUUAGUUUAUUAACUCCCUCAACAGCCAGAACUCUCGUGCAACUCCAAACUAUUGAAAUUGAGAAUUGCGAAAGAAUGACAGAAAUAGUUGCAAAUGAGGGAAGUGAAGCAGAAGCAGGAGAUGAGAUCGCCUUCAAUAAUUUGACAUCUUUGCAAUUUAAAAACUUGCCGAGUCUCACAGCCUUCCAUUUGGGGAAUCGCACCAUCAAAUUCCCAUCAUUGCAUGAAGUAAGGGUGGAGAAUUGUCCUAAAUUGAAGAUUUUCUGUAGUGGAGUCUUAAGCACGCCAAAGCUAACAUGGGUUUGGAUGGAAGGAAAUCGAAGAGUCAAAAAGGAGGGGGAUGGAGAUGGAGAUCUUAACGCUACAAUAAAAGAAUAUUGGGAGGCUAAAUUGGAGACUUGCGACCAAAAGUUCGCUGAAAAGACUGAUGCUAGUGACGGUGAGGAGAGUGAACAUGACGCUAAUGAUGACUUGGAGAGAGAAACUACUAGUGAAGUUGGGGACACAAUGUGAUGGAGAAUGAUGACGAGGGAGCAACUCAAAAGAAGAUGGAUCUUCCCUUUUAUUGAUUGUUUUAUUUUUGAGUGUUGUCUUUAUGUGAUUUAUUUAUUUUUGAAACCUAUGUGAUUGUUACAAUAUAUUAUUUAUUUUCGAAACCUAUGUUAUUGUUACACUAUAUAACUUUGUUGUAAUUCUAGACUACUUAGUACUCCUU